AUGGAAAGAUUAAAAUUAUUUUUUAUAUUUCUUAUAACUAUCAGUCUAGGUAGAAGUGCUACCAUCAACAAUGUGACCUCUAGCCAAUAUCCAAUAGAUAAGCAACAUAAUGAAAGAAUAUUUCAAUGGUUAGAGUUAUCACUGAGAAUUGGACAACAAGUUCGAGUACCCUUUAUUGUCAAAGACAAUAUCAGUAAUAUUGUAUGUCAAUCAUUCUCAGAGAUAUAUGACAACCCUUCUAUUUCAAAAUUAAAAAAAGCAUAUUAUAACUAUCACUCUUUAAAAUGGACAGUACUCAAGACGAUGAUUUUCAACGGUCAAUUCCAAGAGUCUCCGGAUAUAAGUAACCAAUAUAAAGAGUUUAUCAACUCAUUUGGUUAUGUACUAUCGAGUCUAUCAGAAUUGAAGGUGCUACCAUCACAAUCAACAAUAUAUAGCCUUACCAAUGCCAUCAAUUCCAUUGACAACUCUAUACUCUCAGCCACCAACAAGCAAUCAAUCAUUCAAAAGUCAACAACAUCCAUUAACACCGUAUUAUCUACUUUUAAUGAUCUAUCAACUGUUUAUUUAGAUUGUAAAAGUAAUACAAAUAUACAAUCCAUUCAAAAUGGUAUUGUUAAAUUACAAACAUUGUUAAAUAACAUCAAUAGUAAUUUAGAUCAACAGAUAUCACUUAUCGAUAGUUAUUACAAGAGUUGUUCAUCAUUCCCCGAUACAUUAUUCAUCACAAAUCAAAUUUUAUUGGAAACUUAUAAUUUAGUAAUUAGUUCUUCUUUGCUAGAAAAUAUAUUAGCAAAUGAAUUAAUCUUGAUCAGCAAUUAUCAGAUUAAUAAUUUUGAUGUUACUCUCAACCAAGAGAAAAACAAUCAGAUCAAUACCUUUAUUUCCAAAGCCACAACUAUCUCCCAGCAAUUGGUAGAUUUAAUACGUGUCUUUAAUGGAAUUAAUGUGGCAUCACUUACGGAUGUAUCGGUUUCCUCUAUUGCACAAAGUUCAUUCACCUGUCACUACCAACAUGCUAGUAGAUCAUUAAACUCCUGGUCGAAAUACGCUUUGUCCGGUAACAACUACGCUCCUCUAGAUCUCGGUGAUAUCAGCUACUGUCGUGAUAUGUACAAUCGUAAAUCAAAGAAGUUCCAAGAGUUGGUUAUCUCUGGAAACCUAUCGGCCUCGAAGUUCAACAAUCUUAAUACCGAGUUAAUAUAUAACUAUGGUUCAACCACCAACAAUCUAUUAGUAACCAACAGUCUUACAAAUAUAUCACAACUACAACAACAACAAUCAAAUAGAUGGUCAAGUGAUUGGGUUUUGUUUUUGAAAGGAGAUGCACCGGAUACCUAUCAAUCAUACUACUCACAGAAUUCAACAGUUGGACCACUAUUGAAGAGUAGCUUAAGAUCUCUCUUUUCUGCAGAUCCCAUUUGUGAUAGAACCAACUGCCCAUUUCCUAAAUGCUGUUUCAAAUACUUGGAUCAACCUACUACCUGUAUAGAUACUCCACUCUCCUGCUUUAUCGUUGAGACAGUUGCAGAGUGUAUGCAAUGUAUAAACGGUCCAUCCAGAUGUUACUAUCAAAACACAGAUCCAAGAAAUAAGAUAUGUCCAUUCGUUUGUUUAGAUGGUGGUUAUGAAAAGACUUUGGGACCAAAUGUUUAUGUAGGUGCAGAUUGUGUUCCUUGUGCAAUCGGUAGUUACAAUCCAGCGAGAUCGAAUGAAACUUGUAAAAGUUGUACCAUGCCAGCUUCACUUACACCAACCGAUUACUUUGGAGCUUUAAAUCGUUCCAGCUCCAAUAAUUGUUUGUUUGGUGUUAAGUAUAGUGGAAUAUUCGUAACGAAGAGUGAUCCAAGUCAACUUGCUUUAAUUUCAGCUCGAUCAUUGUUGAACACUCAGCGUACCGUUGAGUUUAAAUUCUCACUGCUCAGCUUGCCAACUAGCAAUGUAUCUACUAUCUAUAGUAUUGCCGGUGUUGACAAGUUAAUCAUGUUUGGACUGCAAUAUAGUAACUUACAGCCCGGUCUGUUCAAACCAGUUAUCUAUAACACAACAACCUCUUCGAUAUUAUAUCAAUCGAUGGUCUCUGUUCCAUUGGCGUUGAACGUCACCUAUCAUAUGGCGUAUGUCAUCUCCGAUACGAUGGUACUAUUCUAUCUGAAUAGACAAAAGAUAUUUCAAACACCUUAUGCACCUUCUUUUCAAGGUGAUAUCAUUGGUGUUGCCAAUGGACUGCAUUUCAUUGGUGGACCGCUAUUCCAACGGCUAAACAUGACCCUCGAUGAAUACAGAGUAUUCCUCACACAGCUGACACCGCUCUCACUUGGUUACGGUAGAACCGAUUCAAUGGUGAAAGCAAGUUGUGAUCCAGUAAAUGAACAGCUAUGUAACAGCCAAUGUGUUAGUUGCAAUAGUAACGCUGGUUUUGUUCUUGACAAUUCAACUUGCACUUGUAGUUGUCCAGUGGGAUCGGAAAUAGUUAAUGGAAGAUGUACUUCUGUUUGUCCAGCCGGGUCAAUAAGAAACUCUGACAUUACCACUUGUCAAUGUGUCAGUGGUGAACAUCUAACAUGGCAAUCGAAUUACAUCACCUUGUCAUCUAGCUUCCUAUACAAAACACCGCUAAACAGCUAUCCAGACAAUCAAUUAGAUGUCAUCGGUAUAAGAUCCGUCAAGUUCUUCAAUUCCAAAGGUGACCAAAUCAUGCCACUCUCUUGUCUAGCUAGUUCAUUCGAUGUCUAUGAUUGCAAUGCACUGUACGACUCUCUUGACAACACCUAUUGGACAACAAGUAAAUCUGCUGGAUUCGGUUGGGUAACAUUUACCAUGCCAACUGCUACUACUACUACUACAGCUAAUCUUAUUGAAAGAAUAGAUAUCUCACCACUAAACAACAACCAAACAAUGAAAUCAAUAACUAUUUCAUUUUCACAAGUUAAUCCAACACCGUUAUCAACAUCAUUACCAACCAAUGUUAUACCAUUGAUAAGUAAUUUGAUACUACCACUAAACUCAACCAUUCAAAUCAUUAGUUUGAAUCAACACGAUCCAACAUUUGCCGGUGACUAUAUUGUUUGUUCAACAUGUCCGUCCGUUCCUAUUGCCAACGACAAUGACAACAGUAAACAACCAACCUACAGGCUACCACCAAAGUCAACGAUACCACAGUCAUCUCUAAACUCAUGUGGUUGCAUUGGUAAUUUCAAAUUCUAUCCACCUCUCAACGGUUGUAUGCCACCACUUCCUACACCAACGGCAUCGUAUCCACCAGGUGCAUAUCCAAUCGGUACAAUAGUCACAUUCAACAGCAAUGUAUAUGCUAAUCAAUCCGAUGGUCUAGUGAUUAGAUUUACAACCGACGGUUCAGAUCCCACCGAUCAAAGUCCUGAUAUCACAUCGCUCGACCUAACGACAUUGGGUAACUUUAACAUCAGAGUAGCAUCAUUCCAAAAAGAUCGUCUCACAAGUGCAAUACUCUCUGGAAUGUAUUCUUUUCUUGGUAUUAUCAAUUGUACUAUUUCACCAACACCAACAACCAACUUUUCUUUAUCUGUUACAAUAAAAUUAAAAUGUACAGCAACACCAAUGCCACCAAACUCACCAUCGUCAUGGAUAUUCUAUUCAACCGACGGAUCUAGUGUAACUACAUUCUCUCAAAUCUACAAUGAACUAAUUGGUAUUAUAUUAGUUGCCAAUCCUAUCUAUGGUAUCAAUAAUAUUACCCUUAAUAUAUUAAGUCAAAUAUCUGGAUACUCUGAUUAUAGAGCAACAUUUAAUUAUAUUGUUAUUCCAACUCUACCACCACCAGUCAUAUCACCAUCGACAACAAAUGCCAAUAAUCAAGUUAAAAUAGGCAUUCGUUCACCCUUUACAGGACCUUCCAACUAUUCUAUGCAAUAUGAUAUAGUACAACAAGGUAUUGUAAUCGGUGAUUCAUCACCGAGUGUAUAUUACUCAAAAGAGUUUACAGUACAAUGUCUUUCAUCUACAGGUUCUUGUCUAGUACACAUUAGAGCAAGAGGAAAUAUUAAUGAUUUAUAUUCAACUAUUAUACAUCAAAAUUAUUUAAUAUCAUUUAAUAUGAUAAAUCUAUCACCUGUUAUAUCAUCUAAAUAUGAUAAACAGAAUGACUCUAUGACUGUAACGAUAGAUAAGAAUACCGAUAUAGAGGAUGUCGUUACCAUGUAUAUUAUUGAUUACUAUCCAACAAGAAAUGGUCCAAUUGAUUGUAACUCGAGUAGAUUCAUCAUGGAUCAAGGUUUACCAUAUACAUCUGAUAUUCAACUAAACCUAAAAGGUUAUUACUAUGUUUAUUCAAGAAAUAUGUUGGGAUUAUCACAAUCAAGUAUACAGGUAUGCAAACUUGUUGUCUAUACAGCACAGAUAGAAUCACCAUUUAUACUAUCUGAUGAUACAGUGUUUGUCGAUGGCAAGCUCUUAAGAGUUGUAAUAGCUGAGAAUAACUCUACAUAUCCUCAUCAGGGUAGAUUCUAUUACAAGUUGAAUGGUGGUAUUGUCAGCAGCCAAGAUGACGCAACACUGUUGGCCUAUCCAAAUGUCUUGACUAUACCAAUAGAUGAUCGUGUUAUACAAACAAUGGAAAUAUCAGUGAUAGAUUGUCCAGAUAACUAUCAGUGUUCAGUUGCCGCUACCAAGAGUAUCAAAGUGGUGCCAAGAGUACCGAAACCAUUGUUGACACCGGCAGGCAAUACCAACUACUAUGGCGAUACACCGGUGACUGCAACCUGUCCACUCGGUACACCUCGAUACCUCCAAGACAGUGGAUCUUCAGUGCCAACCGCUCAGUCAGACAUAUUCCCAAGUCCGUUAACACUCUUUGCUACCUUUGAAACACAAAUCUAUCAAUUAUCGGUCGUUUGUUUCCACGAUAUUCUUGCACCGAGUCAGCCAACCGCUGCUUCCUAUACCAUAGAGAAAUACAAACGACCUAUAACUCCAAUAAUCAUUCCAAACAACGGUGUUAUAAUUAUCCCGAAGGGUCAUACCAUUCAGAUACAGUCUGAGACCGGUCAAAAUGAUAUCUAUUUCAAUGUAGUCGAUACCUAUAGUAGAUUACCUGUUAUACUUUCAAACUACCCGGAUCCAUCAACUGUUGAUCCAAAUUCAACCUAUCCAUAUCACUAUUCUGAACCGAUCAAAUUUAAGAAUUUCGGUCCAGUUACUGUUAGUGCCAUAAUUAAAUCACCAACUCAACAAUCAUAUGAUAAAACUGAUUCAAGUCCAGCUUAUUCAGAAAAUAAAAUUAAAGACUAUGCUCCAGAGGUUAAAAACAAUCCAGAUGAAAAGCGAUUCUAUCCAACUGCAAAAAUUGUACUAUAUACUGAAGUAAUCAAUUCACAACAAGUAAUUCACUACGCACUCUCAAAAACAGAGUUAUUGGAAAAUCAAACAAUCGAGUACAAAAUAUAUACUGAACCAUUUGAAAUAUUUCAAACAACUUAUAUUUAUGCAUUCGUAAGUAUAAUAGUUAGAUACUUCGAAUAA